AUGCAAUACUGUGAACUCGAUUUAUCAGGGCAGUGGCUGGAUACAGUAUAUUGUGAAGAGAAUUUCUCCGACUUUGUCUUUAUAAAGUUUCUAAAUCCUUCACAGUUUGAAGAGAAGAUAUAUUGUUAUACUUUACAUAUCACCAAAAGGACACUAGAAAAUAAGAGAUUACUUUUGUAUUAUGAAGAUGAAUUCAAAAAACAUGGUCACGAUAUUAAUGAGCUUGUUGGCGACGGUAUAAUCUUGCGUUCAUGCUGGAACCCUCGACAGUAA